UGAGAUAUUUCUCAAUAUAAGGAAAAAGUGCACAAAAAGCUCUGUUCUUUAUUCCGCUCAACCAAUCACUGCUCACAUUCGCCCCACGCGUGUGUUCUUCAAUAUUCGAUCAGAUGCGAGUAUUUGAGAUACACGCGCUUGUUACUCGCCUGGUGAUUAAACGAAACUACUUGUCUCCGUGUCCAUUUAUCAUCUUUGUCCGGAAGAGAUAUUUACUAUAAAUAUCUGAUUUCCCUUGAGUUGCGAAAAUACAAAAAACAUAAGAAAACAACACGAAACAGAUAAAAGAAAAAAUCUUCGGUCGAUAAAAACUAAGUUAAAUGAAGAGGAACGGCGAGACGAAGCGGCGGAGAAACGUGGCGGAAGAUGCGGGGCAGGGAGGAGGAGGAGAAGAUCCGGCGAUGUGGGAGAAUCUAGAUCGGAAUUUCAGACAAGUGCAAUCGGUUUUGGACAGAAACAGAUCAUUGAUCCAGCAGGUCAACGACAAUCACCAGUCAAGAAUGGCUGAUAACAUGUCGAAGAACGUUGCUUUGAUCCAAGAACUCAAUGGAAACAUCACUAAGGUUGUCUCCAUGUAUUCUGACCUCAACACCAAUUUCUCAUCGGCGUUUCACGGUGGAAAGAACGGACACGAGGGUGGUAGUUCCGGAACCAGAGCUAAUUAAUUAAAAUCAUCCCAGAUCAAAUUGAUCUUUCGUUUGUUAGACCGGCCGGUUUGAAAAUUUUGAAUCAGUCUGGUUUAGCCUAUGAUAAGUUAUGAUGUGUUAUGUUUAGUUUUAUUGCAAUGAUUGUCGUUAGAAUAAUCCGUGGGAGAAAACCCAUCAUUUGGGUUGUUUUAAUUAUGGUUCGAGUCUUUUUCAAUGGGUCUCUACUGCAAUUUCUCUAAUAAUAAUAAUAAUAAUAAAUAUUUAGUUUUAGCCAUC